AUGAUGAUGCGCAUUAAUUGGAUUGAAACAGGUAGAAGACCUUUCCAUGCCGUCCUAAAUCCGGGAGACGUCUGCAUUCACCCCUGCAAUAACAAUGAUAAAAAGGUUGCUUUAAUGAUACCUGAAGAUCAGUGCAAACAGCAAAAUAUUAAGGAUAAUAU